CUUGAGCUUCGGGCGCGCUGCGUCAUCUGCGAGCGCCGGAAGUAACCCUAGUGUGGGGUUUCUGUGUGCAUUUCCUCCCUCCACGCGGAUCCUGUCAGCUCUGGCUCCGAGUCGAGGGCGCAGAGGGCGGGAUUUUGAACGUGUCUUGUUUCUGGGUCUGGUUCUCUUGGCGAGGCUGCAUUCCUUCCCCUCCCUGACCCACCCCUGAACCUGUGGGCGUUGGGCCUCCUUCUCUUUGGCCAUGGCUGGCAUCCUCUUCGAGGACAUUUUCGACGUGAAGGAUAUCGACCCCGAGGGAAAGAAGUUCGACAGGGUUUCCCGACUGCAUUGUGAGAGUGAGUCCUUCAAGAUGGAUUUAAUCCUAGAUGUGAAUGUACAGAUCUACCCUGUUGAUCUUGGUGACAAAUUCCGCCUGGUAAUUGCCAGUACCUUGUACGAAGAUGGAACCCUGGAUGAUGGUGAAUACAAUCCUACCGAUGAUAGGCCAUCCAGAGCUGAUCAAUUUGAAUAUGUGAUGUAUGGGAAAGUCUACAGAAUUGAGGGAGAUGAGACUUCAACAGAAGCAGCGACACGCCUCUCUGCCUAUGUAUCCUAUGGAGGCCUGCUCAUGAGGCUACAAGGAGAUGCCAACAACUUGCAUGGCUUUGAAGUGGAUUCCAGAGUUUAUCUGCUGAUGAAGAAACUGGCCUUCUAGCCAAGUGGAGUUGUUGGAUGGUUGAAGGAUAGAGGAGAGACUGAACUAUUGCUGCCCCUCAGGAAUAUGGAAAAGGGGUUGGAGAAUCUAGUGGCUGGCUGACAUCUUGUGUUUUCCACACCCAUGUCUUCCCAUUACCUGAAUGAGUGGCUGCAGAAGAAACUUCCUUUUCUUCAGAUUGCAUCAAGACUUUCUGACAAAGUUGGUGCCAAAUGCCCCAGAUGGGGAACAAGUCAAGCACCAGGCUGAUUUUU